CGACAACAACUUUCACAACUCGUCACUUUUACAACAAUGGAGCCAAUUCGAGUCUUGUUAGUCGGUAACGGCGGCCGCGAGCACGCCCUGGCCUGGAAAUUGUCCCAGUCACCUUUGGUAGAAUCUAUCCUCGUUGUUCCUGGGAAUGGCGGUACAUCGACCUGUCCGAAAGUUACCAAUUGUUCGAGUGUUAAACCAGACGAUUAUCCUGGUCUUGUUGCACUCGCGCAGGAGAAAGACAUCAACCUGGUGGUCCCCGGACCAGAGGCGCCCCUGGUGGAUGGAAUUGAGGGAUACUUCCGCGCAGUGGGAAUCAGAUGUUUUGGACCUUCGAAACUCGCGGCGCGUAUGGAGGGAAGCAAGACGUUCUCAAAGGACUUCAUGAAGAGACGCAAUAUUCCUACCGCGGCCUACGAAAACUUCUCGAACUACGAGAACGCGCGGAAAUACUUGGAUAAUAUUGAUCAUAAUGUGGUGAUCAAGGCAAGUGGAUUGGCUGCGGGGAAGGGAGUUAUCAUUCCAACAACCAAAGAUGAAGCACAAGCCGCACUGAGGGAGAUUAUGCUAGACAAGGAAUUUGGUUCUGCUGGAGAUGAGGUUGUUAUAGAAGAAUUUCUGGAAGGCGAUGAGCUCAGUAUCUUGAGCUUCAGCGACGGGUAUACCAUUCGAUCCCUCCCUCCAGCUCAAGACCACAAGAGAAUCUUCGAUGGAGAUCAAGGACCGAACACGGGUGGAAUGGGAUGUUAUGCGCCAACGAACAUUGCCACAAAAGAACUUCUGGAGGAGGUUGAACGGACGAUUUUACAACCUACGAUUGAUGGAAUGAGGAAUGAGGCCUUCCCUUUCGUCGGAACUUUAUUCACUGGUCUUAUGAUUACGAAGAAUGGUCCCAAAGUCUUGGAAUACAAUGUUCGAUUUGGUGAUCCUGAGACUCAGACGCUGCUUCCUUUGAUGGAGACCGAUUUAGCUAAGGUUAUGAUUGCCUGUACAGAUCAUUACCUUUCCGCUGUUUCGGUAGAUGUGAAGCCAGGAGCGAGUGUGACCGUGGUGGUAGCGGCAGGAGGAUAUCCGGGAUCAUAUGCCAAGGGAACGCCUAUGGAUGUUCAAGCACCUCCGGAAAGUACGAAUAUUUUCCAUGCGGGGACGACGAUCAAGGAUGAACAACUGCAAACUUCUGGGGGAAGGGUGAUUGCUGCACAGGCAACUGCAGAGGAUCUGGAACAGGCUGUGAAGAAAGCGUACUCUGGUCUCGAAUUCAUCCAGUUCGACAAAAUGUUUUACCGCAAGGAUAUUGCUCAUCGAGCUUUCAAGCCCACAGCUGCAACGCGAGAAGCUUUAACGUACGCUUCUGCUGGUGUAAGUAUUGAAGCUGGGAAUGAGUUUGUCACGCGAAUCAAGAAGGCUGUUGCAUCAACUCGCCGACCUGGCGCUGAUGCAGAAAUUGGAGGCUUUGGAGGCGAAGUGGACUUAGAGCAAGCUGGUUACGCUGGUGGCCCCAUCAUGGUUGGUGCAAUCGACGGUGUCGGUACAAAGCUCGCAAUCGCCCAGGCAAUGGAGAAACACGACACCGUCGGCAUCGAUUUGGUGGCCAUGAACGUCAACGAUCUGGUUGUCCAAGGUGCCGAGCCCCUCAUGUUCCUUGAUUACUACGGUUGCAGCAAACUUACGCAGAAGAACGCAACUGCAUUUGUCGAAGGUGUUGCAGCUGGAUGUAGAGAUGCCAAUUGCGCUCUUGUUGGUGGUGAAACGGCUGAGAUGCCGGGCAUGUACCAAGGAGAUGACUACGAUGCUGCUGGAGCUGCGAUUGGCACAAUGCACAAGGAGUACAGGCUUCCUCGGAUUUCGAGUAUGCUCGAGGGAGAUGUAUUGCUCGGUUUAGCUUCGAAUGGAGUGCACUCGAAUGGCUUCUCGUUGGUCCGCAGAAUUAUUGCUAGAGAAGAACUGUCAUAUACUGACCCCGCUCCAUGGGAUCAAUCAACAAGUACUGGGCUAAGCCUUCUGACUCCCACGAGAAUCUAUGUUCGUUCCAUACUCGAGGUCACGAACAAGAAGCUCAUCAAGGGUCUCUCACAUAUCACUGGUGGUGGAUUGACAGAAAACAUCCCACGAAUGCUGCCUGAGCAUUUGGCAGCUGAGGUUGACGUAGCAAACUGGACCUUACCACCCGUCUUCAAGUGGUUGAAGCGAGCAGGUAACGUCUCCGCCCCCGAGAUGGGCCGCACGUUCAACACAGGUGUUGGAAUGGUAGCUGUGGUUAGCAAAGAAAACGCAGCACAAGUCAUCUCUGAGCUCGAAGCUGCAGGCGAGAAAGUCUACACGAUUGGCACCCUCGUCCCGAGAUCAGGAGAGGGUUGUGUCUUGAAGAAUCUUCAGAGUUGGGAGUAGAUUCUUAUUUCGUCCGGGUGGAGUGGAGUUUGGGAGAUACCAAAAGUUGUGCAUGUGGUUGGGUGCAUUUUAGGCGUUGGGCUAUGUUAAACUUCAAGUAUGCCUAGAAAGGAGAAUGAAAUAUGUCAG